AUGGUAGACCAAGAAGACGCUAUGGAUUUCAUCGCCUCUCCCCUGGGUACCUCGGGCGAGAGUUCCUGGAGUGGCUCGGGCUCAACUGCCCUCACUACGCCUGCUUCGAGUCCUCUAUUUGGACCCUCUAAAGCGGAUGAUCUUGCUUUGUCGCCUUCGCUGAGUUCUCCUGAUUCUGGUUAUAUCUCCUUCCAGGGUCCUGCGGCAUGGGGUGCUGUGAGGAAUGUGUGCGUCGUGGGUGCGGGAUAUGUAGGAGGACCUACUGCCGCAGUCCUGGCGCUGAACAACCCAACCAUAACCGUCAACGUCCUGGACCGCGACCCCCGACGCAUCCAGAAAUGGACAUCACCACAUCUCCCCGUCCACGAACCGGGCCUCACAGACGUAGUUCGCGCGACUAGAGACAGCACAGCAAUCGAAGCCCAUGACCCCAUCACAAAUAUCACAGGAACCUUAAAACGCCAUCCCAACCUGUUCUUCACCUGCGACUCGACGCGCAUAUCCCAAGCCGACAUGGUCUUCCUAGCAGUCAACACGCCAACCAAAAGCUUCGGCGAAGGCGCUGGAAGAGCAACAAACAUGACAGCCAUCGACGAGGCCGUGCGCGAAACGGCAGCCCACGCAAAGCCCGGAACUAUCAUUGUGGAGAAAAGCACGGUGCCGUGUGGGACGGCGCAGCGGGUCCGGCAGUUGUUAUCCAGCCUCCGCCCAGGUAUCCCGUUCGAAGUCCUCUCGAACCCCGAAUUCCUAGCCGAAGGCUCGGCUAUCGAGAAUCUAACCACCCCAGACCGCGUCCUAAUCGGAUCCUCGGGGACGCCGUCCGGCCACCACGCAGCCCGCGUCUUGGCUGGUAUCUACAGCGCCUGGGUGCCCUCGACGCGCAUCCUAGAAAUAAACGCUUGGUCCUCCGAGCUAGCCAAACUCGUCGCCAACGCCAUGCUCGCACAGCGGAUCAGCAGCAUCAACUCCAUCAGCGCAAUCUGCGAACGCACAGGUGCAGAAGUCGACCAGGUCUCCCGAGCCAUCGGUCUGGACCCGCGAAUCGGGCCUCAGUUCCUGAAAGCUGGUCUUGGGUUCGGGGGAAGUUGUUUCCGGAAAGACAUUGCUAGCUUGACGUAUCUGGCUGAGUCGCUGGGGUUAGAGGAUGUUGCGCAUUACUGGAGACAGGUGAAUGUGAUGAACGAGGCGCAGCGGAACCGGUUUGUUGGGAAGGUUGUUCAACGGUUUCGGGGGAAUUUGGUCGGGCAGAAAUUAUCGCUGCUUGGGUUUGCGUUUAAGGAGGGGACGGGGGAUCCGCGUGAGUCGUUGGCUGUUGAUGUGAUCAGGCUAUUGCUUGAGGAACAGCCGUUGGAGAUUGCCAUUUUCGAUCCCUACUGUCGGGAGGAUGAUAUUCUCCGGGAAGUUGAGACUGUCUGUCGUGACACCUGUGCAGUCAGGGUCUAUGGAGAUCCAUACCUUGCUUGUUCCCGGGCGAAUGCGGUGCUUAUCAUCACAGACUGCGAUCAAUUCCGGAACUCACCCCGACGGUCGUCUACUAAAUCCUAUACCUCCGAAAUGGACAGCAGCCUCGACAGUGAUCCAAGCGUACAGGAUGUAUGGGUGUCCAAUGGCACGACCUACCAUUUAACACCUCAAGAUAUCUGUCCCGCUGACUGUGCUGAUUGCCGUUCGAAGUCGAGUCGUCCGACGGUGCUGGAACCUCUGGAGUGGGCGCGUAUCGCGUAUAAUAUGAAAGAUCCGAAAUGGGUUUUUGAUGGACGGGGAGUCCUGGAUGUGGAAGAGAUGGAGAGGUUGGGGUUGAGCGUUGAUGCUAUUGGCCGGCGUUCUAAUUUCGCAUAG